AUGGCCAAGUCCAAGAACCAUACCAACCACAACCAGAGCCGUAAGGCUCAUCGCAAUGGUAUCAAGAACCCCACGAGCCACCGGACGAGGUCGAUGAAGGGUGUUGACCCUAAGUUCCGCCGUAACGCGAAGUAUGCGUUGGUCGGUUCACGAAAAGCGCGUUCGGAAGUAGAGGCAUGA